AUGAACAAAGUUAGUGAAAGUGAAGAGAUCUUAGAUCCAUCAAAUUAUAGUAAAAGUUUCAAGUAAAUAAUUUAAACAUAAUAAUUAGAAGGAAAAGCAAUAGGCCAUAACAUUAUUAAAAGGUAGAUGCUAACUUAAGAUAAUAAAUUAUAGACCAAGCAUGUAAUAAAGGAUAACCCUUAAGAUAGGUUUAAACCAUAAUAAAAUCAUUUAGAUUGCACAAAACUUAGGAAUUAAGUAUUCUACAGCUAAAGCAAUUGUCCAAGUAUACCAAAGUGAAGGUAGAAUAGGAAAAAAAAGGACAAGAGAUAAACGAAUUUAUUAAGAAAUAGAAACUUACAUCUUAAUUGUUAACAAAUAAACAGGAAAAAUAGAAAAAUUGAAGCAUAAAUCUGAAUGCAAUGACCUGAAUACAAACAUUUUGAAUGCAAAGUUAAAGUAAAUAGUUUUAAAAUAUACAAGCCUUGAAGAAGCUCACUACUCUCAAAUAGCCCAAUAUUUUGAAAAUUGUAAUCUUAGUAUACCUUUAGAACAUCUAGAACAAUAAAAUGAAAGCAUUAUUAAUUUAAUGAAAAUCUUGAAUGAACAAUACAAACAAUUCCAGGAAUCUGAUGAGAAAAAUUAAUGA